AUGCGAGCGCACGCGAAGAGGGUGGGCGGAGUGUGCGAUGCGGUGGAGGGCAUGGAGGCGCUUGCUGUCGCGGACGGUGAACAUGGUGUGCCUGACAGCAGCGGAUCGGCAAAACCGCGCCCGUUCUCGGACGAUGCGCAACAGCAGCAGCAGCAGCAAGGCACGUCGUCACACCCUAAGAUGCAGCGCGCGGACUCCGACCCGGUGCGCUCGGGGAGCGACGUCAGCAAGGUUGGCCUGGGCAUCAACAUGCCGGGCUCGGGGAAUUCGCGAUAG